AUGCGUUCCACCUUCGCCAUCGCCGCCCUCGCGGCUGGCGCCCUCGCCGUGCCCUUCAACAAGCGCGAGAUCGUCACCGACGUCGAGGUCGUUCUCCACACCGAGAUCGUCACUGUCUAUGCGACUGCUGGUGAUGCUGCCGCUCCUACCGCUGCCGCCAACAAGCACUACGGCCACGGCGGCAACACCUGGGGCAACGCCCCGGCGCCAGCUCCCGCUACUACCGUGAUCGAGGCCCCAGCACCUGCACCAACCACUGCCGCUGCCCCGACUACUACCUCGAUCGAGGCCCCGGUGUGGACUGCACCUGCUACCACUGAGGUCUACGUCGCUCCUACCACCACCGAGUCUCCCGUCUGGGUCGCUCCCACCACCACUGAGGCUCCCGUCUGGGUCGCUCCCACCACCACCUCUUCCGAGGAGGCCCAGGCUUGGACUGCUCCCGCCGUCACCGAGGCUGCGGCUCCGGCCCCAACCCAGGAGAGCGUCCAGGCCCCCGCCCCGGCCCCCGCCCCCGCGUCUUCCGGCGAUGCUCCCACCGACUACGCUGGAUUGGUCGUCUUCACGCACAACCAGCACCGUCAGAACCACUCCUCCCCCGCUCUCGCCUGGGAUGCUGAUCUCGCCGCUUCUGCCAUGGAAGUCGCGAAGUCCUGCAACUACGCUCACAACGUCGACGUUAACGGCGGUGGAUACGGUCAAAACAUUGCUGCUGGCGUCAAAGCCGAGAACAUCGCCACUGUGAUCACCGACAUGUUCUACAACGGUGAGGUCGGUUACUUCGCCAAGCAGUACGGCAAGCCCAACCCCAACAUGGCCGAUUUCGAGAAGUGGGGUCACUUUUCCCAGAUCGUCUGGGCUGCCACCACUACCGUCGGCUGCGCUACCUACGACUGCAGCGGCCAAGGCCUCAGCAACACCGGUGGUGGUGUCGCUCCUUACUUCACCGUCUGCAACUACAAGAACCCUGGAAACUACGCCGGCAAGUACGCCGACAACAUCAAGGCUCCCGCCGACCCCCUCCGUACCAUUGUCGGCACGGCGUUCAAGGCCUUGACCGGCUACUAG